UGAGCGCAAUACGCGGCGUGAGUCGGCCAGUCGCUAACGUGACGACAGGUCGUGUGAGCGCGAUCGUGCAGCGUCUUGUGAUGUCCAGGUGGUGGUUUGUGGUGCUGCUAGCAGCGGGUGCGGCGGCGGCGGGCGGGCGGCUGCCGCGCACCUCCCCCCCGCACGCGCCGCACACGCCCGCGCCUGCGCCCAGCCCAGCGCCGCGCCUCGCGCCCCGGAACCUCACCCUCGCAGCCCGCUCCUCCGUCAGGAACAGAGAGCAGUAUAUAUUCAACGUUUUCGAAGUAAUUGUGAGCACUUUGGAAACAAAGUUGCAAAGGAUAGAGAAUCUGGAUAAAGCCGUGGAACAUUUGAUGAGGAGAGUUGAAGCCCUCGACUCGCGAGUGAACGACAACAUUCAUAAAACUGACGCCAUCAUUUCCAAACUUGGCAAUCUCGAUCUCAAGCUAUUCAGCCACAUCAGCCCAGACGAUGAAGAAACAGUCACCGAACAAUCAUCCAAACGGACAAAUGACAACUACCACGACGUACAACUAGACAAAAAAUUGGAAUCGUUAGAUCAAAAGGUAUCAGACAUCGACUCGAAAUUAGUCGGUCUUAAAAACCAAAUAGACAACAAUUUUUUGCCAGUAGACGACAUCAACGCAGAGGCUAGUGAAAAGAAACCCAUUAAUCUAAAUGUUAUAGAAAUUGCAAAAGGACUCAACUCUGAAGUAAUUAACGAAAUUACGAAGGAGGUGGACCAGUUGAGAACGUCAAUGUCGACAGUUGAUCGUAAAUUACAAUUCCACAUUAAUCUCGUUUCCGAAAAUUUGGGCAAAGUGCUUUACAUGAUGGCCGAUGUGCACGCAGCUAUCGUGGAACCAGAAGCCGCUUCCAUAAAUGUCAACAGCUUGUUCAAGAAUAGAACCGCGACAAGCACGCAAUCUCCGGUCGCUAAGGCUAGCAAGAUCGACACCCUUGUCAAUAAAAUUAUUCCAAUGAUGAGCGUCUCCGAGAAGAUGGACGAAGUGUGGGACGUAGUGGUCGGCACGAAGAGUUCAGUUGACGACUUAGUACCGAAGUCUGACGAACUGUUAACGCAAACUCAACGACAAGAACGAGCUAUUGGACAGAUCCAUAACGACUUGAGAGUGAAAACGAAUCUGAUAAUCGAAAAUCUGGAUAUGGUAGAAAAACGUCUGAAGAAGCAGGAAGAUGACGUGGCGACGCUGGCACAGCGACCAGUCCCGGCAGAGUUGCUUCUGGACCCGACCAUCGACAGGCUGGUGGAGUACGCGCCCAACCGGUACCGCGUGGACGAGCUCGCCACCGAUCCCGCCACCAGCACGCCCGCCGCCACCACGCCGCCCUCCUCCACACUAACCAACAGCCCAAGCAACUCGACCCCGAGUCCGACAGUAACAGUGACUCCGACGAGCACGGGCGGCGCGGGCGCAGGCGCAGGCAGCACGCUUGCUAGCGGCGUUGGCGCCGGCGCUACCACUGCGCGCCCCGCUACGCGCAAGGGCGGUAUCAUCUUCCCCAGCGUCAAGAACAAACCCAUCGUCGGCAACAACACAUUCGCCUCAGAAAUCGUCGCUAACUAUAAAGAUGUUAAAGGCUAUUCGUGUGUGGAUCUACUGAACGCGGGCAUGCGAGACUCCGGCGUCUACUACCUGCAGAUCCGGGGCACCACCUACUGGUUCCUCAAGGUCUUCUGCGAGCAGAACAUGGCAGACGGCGGCUGGACGGUGAUCCAUCGGCGUGACGACUUCGGAGUCCCCGCGGAAAACUUCAACCGAGACUGGAACGAUUAUAAGAACGGGUUCGGGGACCCCAGCAAGGAGUUCUGGCUUGGCAACGAGAACAUAUACAUGCUGACUAACAACGACGACUACAUGCUCCGGGUCGAGCUCGAGGACUUCGACGGAAACAAAAGAUAUGCGCAGUAUUCGCACUUCAAGAUAUAUUCCGAAGCGGAAUACUACAAGUUGGAGAUCGACGGGUACGAAGGCAACGCAGGAGACUCCCUCAACGAUCCGUGGUACGGCUCCAACAACAGCCCCUUCUCUACAUACAACAGAGACAACGACAGAUCGUCUUUGAACUGCGCGUCUAUGCUAAAGGGGGGAUGGUGGUGGAAGUCAUGCGGGCGCGGCCUCAACGGCCUCUAUCUCCACGACCCUCAAGACCUCACUGCCAGACAAGGUAUCGUGUGGUUCCGUUGGCGGGGCUGGGAUUACACCCUCAAGCGGGCCUCCAUGAUGAUCAAGCCCAAAGGCCUCCAGCCCAACACGUAAACCACUCAGCGCAACACCCCAUCCCCACUACCCAGCCUCUGUUCACUCAUUAUGUGGAUUCGACAACCCUCCGAUCAUCUUCACACAAUAUGACAAUACUCCUCAUGAUUCAGUCCAAGUAUUAAAUAAGAGUUACUUAUAUUAUGUACAAUUUUAUGAAUUUCAAAAAUAGUCUUAUAGCUUUACGAAGCUCUCGUUUCUUUCAAUACCUAAAUUCAAACUUUUAGUAAUAGUAGUCUACGCCAUCUCAUGUCUUAAAGCACCCUCAAAUGUUAGUUUUUAUUAUUUUUGAUAUAAAAGCUCGUAUUAAUCCCUGAAUCCAUGUAAUGAAACUGAACAUAGCAGGCAGCUAAUCGCUCAAAACGUGUACCUUCCUAUAUCUGUAAAUAUUUUCUCUCUCAGCUAUUGUUCCAAUCACGAGUUCAUUUUAUAUCUUUUACUAUUUUCUUCUGUUGUUGUAAAUAACUGAUGCUAUUUCAUCAAUGUGCCACAUCGCGCCCAAAAUUCAUUAAUUUAUUAUUCAUUUAACUUGAUACGUAAAAUCUCGUUAAUUAGGUUUAUAAUUUAGUUAUAAGGAAUAAAUGUAAUAAGGUGUAAAUAAAUAUUUUUAAUAAGUCGCGAAAUAAAGAAUGUUACCGUACGUAGCGGUGAAUUUUUAUAGCCUAGAUAAUGAAACAAACCGUAUUCUAUUCAAAUCACUUCUCGCGGUUACAGUAUCCAUCGGUUACAUCUUUGUCUGUGGCCCUGCUUCUAAUACCCACGCCCCUGUCUGUAUUUAACACGGCUCAAAUAUAUGGUUCAAUGUAGACAAGUACUCGUGUGUCUACUGCUAACAAAGUUCUUACGCUAACACUACGACGACAAGGGCGAUAUAUUUCUAUUACACAAAUUGAAUACAUGUAUAUUAUAUGUAUUAUAUGUAACUUUUAUAUGAAUCCACACUUAUUUCGUAAUGACUAUUAUGUUAAAAACUUGCCAUAAGGAAACAUCUAACUUAAGAUUCGAGUUAUUAACUAUAAUAGAUAAAGUAGGUCAACCUACGUGUACAAAUAGGGUUCGCAGCAUAGCCGACGUUUAGUUGGAAAUGUUUUAGAAUAGACAAAUAUCAGAUGCCGUCUCGGCCCAUAUAGUUAUAAACGUAUUAUCAAUGAAAACGUACCUGAUAAACACAUAUAGUAUAUUAGCAUAAAAUGCUUGUAAUCCUCUAAAUAUGUUAAUAGCAUUAGCAGACAUGGGAAUACAAUCGCUAGCUAAUUUAUAUUACUAAAAUGUUAUCAAUUGUAAAAUUGAAUGUGCUUAUGUAAAAUAUUUUUACCAAUGUAAAGUACGACGAAUUAUUUAAUGUUUCACUGCCUUUUACAAUUUUAUACUAUGAACGCUUGAUUAAAAUGUAACCGAGCCAAUAUCAAGUUGGAUACCUAGAUAUGUUUUAGAAAUUAAAUUUAUGUACCUUU